CUCCCACUUUAUAUGUUCGAAACCUCUAUGUUUCUUUGUUAAAAAACUUAAAAGCUACAUCACUUAGCAACGAAGGCAAAAAUGGCAGGUUGGCAAGUCAAUAGCUAACAAGAGAAUGAAAGGUACACUGUGCUUGCCCAAUAUAAUGCACAUAAGGGCAGCUUGGCUUUGAAAGCGUGUAUUGAAUGCGUUGCUUGUAUGUAAAAAGCCUAGCGUACGGCAACGAGGGCCAGACCACAGCAGAGCCAGUUGCCCACUUGUCAUUAGCGUGACGUUAUGCAGCUCUUCUUUGCGAAAGCGCUCCGCUAGCUUUUUGUCGGUCAGGUAUGGCCUGGCCAACACCCUAAGACAUGUCCCUAGGGUGACUCCCCAGUCUACUUGACAAACCCCUUACAAGCUGAAGGUGUCUGAACUAUUACCCCUCCAGUCACAUUAAGUAAUCUUUGACUUGUAAGCGAUAGCCUACUUGAGCGCGCGGCUGACAGCGUGUGGACUGUGGAGGUCUGGCAACGAGACUGUGAUACAACGUAUUUAUUGUUGAGCAUAUUUCCCCCUCUUCAUUCCUGGCCUCGGAAAUCUAGCAAAGUGUCCUCGUCUUAUCGGCGUGCGCGAGGUGACUGCGCAGGCAAGCUGCUCGACGGCUAAUCGGUGACUCCUUGCGCCACUUCCAGUCUCAACUUAUUUUGCCAUCCGCGUUAGCGUUGCGGCACGGCGGGGAUGGGUGUUUGCGCUAGUACAGACAAUGCUGUGCCCGAGGGGUACAAGGCAUUGAAGGUGCAGGCGGUGGUGCAGCAGACAGGCGACGUGCGGGACUUCUAUACCUUCGACAAGCAGCUUGGGAAGGGUAACUUCGGCAUAGUCCACUUGGUGUAUGACAAGAAGACACUUGAAAAGUUUGCUUGCAAGUCUAUAUCAAAGCGUAAGCUGGUUACUCCGGAGGACGUGGAGGAUGUGCGGCGUGAGAUCCAGAUCAUGAAUCACCUGGCGGGCCACAAGAACAUUGUAUCCAUCCGCGGCACGUACGAGGACAAGAACUUCAUCCACAUCGUCAUGGAGCUCUGCACGGGAGGAGAGCUGUUCGACAGGAUUGCGGAGGCGGGGCACUUUUCGGAGCGUCGGGCGGCUGAGGUGAUGCGCACGAUCGUGUCCGUCGUACACCAUUGCCACACCAUGAAUGUCGUACAUCGGGACCUGAAACCCGAGAACUUCCUGCUCACGGAGCGCGGCCCCACGGGCGUCAUUAAGGCGACGGACUUCGGCCUCAGUCGCUUUUUCAAGGAAGGGCAUCCCCUGGACGAGAUUGUGGGCAGUCCCUUCUACGUGGCUCCGGAGGUGCUCAAGAGGGCGUACGGCAAGGAGGCCGACAUCUGGUCCUGCGGCGUCAUCCUCUACAUCCUGCUCUGCGGCUGGCCGCCCUUCCACGGCGACUCCACGCAGGCCAUCUUCAAGAGCAUCCUGUCCGCCCCUCUGGACCUCAAGUCUGACCCCUGGCCGCGCAUUUCACCUGACGCGAAGGACUGCGUACGGAGAAUGCUUGCCAGGGACCCGCGGAAGCGGCUUACGGCGGAGCAGGUGCUCAACCACCACUGGAUGCGGGAAAACGGCGCCGCGCUGGACGAGGCGUUUGUGCCCGAAAUCCUCAUCCGCAUGCGCCAGUUCACUAAGAUGAACCUGCUGAAGCGUGAGGCGCUCAAGGUGAUUGCGCGCUCGCUGCCGCCCAUGGAGCUGGCGGGCAUGCGGGAGAUGUUCCACGACAUGGAUGAGGACGGCUCGGGCUGCAUCACCGUGGACGAGCUGCGGGAGGGGCUGCGGCGGAAGGGCGCGGAGAUGGCGCUCAGCGAGGUGCAGCACAUCCUGAAUGACAUUGACCUGGACGGCAACAGUAAGAUUGACUACGAGGAGUUCCUUGCCUCCACCAUGCACCUCAACAAGCUCAACCGCGAGGAAAACAUGAUUGCGGCAUUCGAGUACUUUGACAAAGACAAGUCGGGCUUCAUCACGCGUGACGAGCUGCUGACGGCCAUGCGGGAGAUCGACAACGGGACGGACGUGGACGCCAUCCUGGCGACGGCUGACAAGAACGGCGACGGCCACAUUGAUUACGAGGAGUUUUGCCUCAUGAUGCGCGCAUCUGACCUGGAUUUGCUCAAGACUGCGCACGAGGCCCUCAAGACCAAGGUGGUUCUCAAGUCGGCUGUUACCACGGUGCAGUCGGAGCCUGUGCGCGAGGACUCCUCCUUUGAGCUCCGUCGACCCUCUAACCUGCCGGCGUGAAGCCUACGUGCGCGUAUGAACUGAUAUCGUACGACAGGACGUCGUACAGCACCAUGUCGUACAAGGUUUAUGGCGCCGCAGUGUGAGCAAACCUCCUCGCCCGCUGUCCUUCGUGUGCAUGUCGCCGCACCAGCAGUCUGCCCCUCCAAUCCAAGCCCUCUUCAAGCCGCGUGCGAAACACACUUGGUAUCUGUACAACAUGUGUGGGCGCCGCGGCCCGACCGGGCUACCAUAUUGCUGUCGUUAAUCAAUGCAUGUUACAGCUACAGCGGCAAGCGACAGCCAGGCUUGUAGUUUAUAUUCCGGUGCCGUGCUAUGGUGGUGAGAGCCUUUGGCAGGGCGCGGGGUUUCUGAGAACCUUCUUAGGGGUAACCUUGGGCGUGAGGUGCAUCCGAGCAUGGCCUACCCAGAUUGGCAUUCAGUUUCACUGUUGACGCCGCUUUUCAGCGCUACUCGUUAAGUGGUACGAUCUCUAAUGAGGUUGGUUGUACUCUCGCGUCUUCUAGUCUUACGCACUGUUUCUGUACCGUCGCUUUGCAUGCUGUUAGACGAUGCGGUGUCCUUCCGAGGCUUUGGGAAGGCGUGUGUUUGUUGGGAUACAUCUGUGUCAGCGUCGAGCCCCUGAGCAAUGUCAUGCCGCAUGUCAACGUCUGGGGCGCAACACUUAUGGGAAG